AUGGCCGCAGAAAGGCUGCAAAAAGGCCGCAAAAAGGCCGCAGAAAGGCCGCAGAAAGGCUGCAAAAUGGCUGCUAAAAGAGUCUCUUUAUCGAGCCUUCCAUUUUUUCUGGGAUUUCAAAACCUCAAGAAAUGGUUUAUUAGGGGAGAGACAGUAAAAAUGGUGCACAAAAGCCGAUGAAACGGCGCAAAAUGGCAGCAAAAAAGAAAAAUUGCUAUAGAGCCUUUUCCCAACUUUUUCAGUUUUGCCUAUGGGAUUAUUAAAAAUGAACACAAGCAAAAACAGUCCUUGAGAAGAUAUCUUCUGAAUAAAUCCCCAUUUCGAUGUAAAAAUCGCACCAAAACGCUAAAAAGAUGGAGAAAAACGGUUCUUUCUGAGUUACGAAAUUCCGGAAUCGAAAAAAAAAAAUCAUGAGCCUUUUUUCCUACUAAAACAUGAUGAAAUUAAAUUGAAAAAGAUGUGAUUUGUGAAAAAAAAAUUGGUUUCUAAAACAUUCCUAUAGCUGACGGCCGGCUUGAGCCAUCGAAAAAAGGGUCCUGACACGAAAAUGCACGAAAUAGUGCGUGGCUCGUUGGGAGCGCAGACAGGCCACGCCCCCUCAGCGUCCCAGUGAGUCAGCUAUACUUUUCCAGUCCGUAACUUGCAAAACUAAAAUUUCAAUUCUUUCAAAACUAUCAUCGUGGUUGGACAAACACUCCAAUGAAUCAUCGUAAUCUGAUUAUGCUUGAGAGCCCUGAAAGGGUCCAUGAGACAGGCCAUUUUCCACAUGAAAAUUCACUUUUACAUGGAUCAUCGCACUAAAAAUAAUAAUACAUAAUCAAAUAAGUGAUUGAAUCUAGGCACGCUUGCUGAAACCUUCCUAUCAAAUCUGUGAAAAAAUUAAAUUGAAGAAAAAUCAUGAAAAACCGGAAAAAAUGUCGGAAAUUAAAGCAAAAAUGAAGGAAUUUUUGACUUUCGAAAACGAAUAAUAUUUCGAAUCUUUAUGAUCUCUAAGCUCCCUUGAAAAAAACAGAAUCGGGCUUGUCUUUUCCUGUUUAGAUUGUUUUUAGGCUACCCCUAAAGCCCAGGAAAAUAUUUUUUUUUAAUGAUUCACCAACAUAUCAUUUUUUUUUCAGGAAAUCGUGGGAGUCACAAAACGAGAAAAAAACUGUUUUCCAUUCAGAAAGCUUUUAAAACCAUCAAAAUGAUCUAAUUAUGCUUGAGAGCUCUGAAAGGGACCAUGAGACAGCUUAAAAGGGCGCAAAACUAUCGAAAGUCGCAUUCCAACGAUGCGGUCCGCCAUCCUGAUCAUUCUCCUGUUGGAAGCAGCUUAUACCUGGGUAUCUACCUGGAGAUUAUUACUAUCCUGAUGACCCAUCAACUAUCGGAAAGCCACCUGUCAGGAAAAUUCGACGUAAGUUCAUUUUUUUUUCUGGAAAAAAUGAAGGAGGAACAAUAAGAGGCAUGUUAUUAAUAAUGUAAAAAUGCCAUAGUUUACCAGUUUUCGAUUCUAGUGACCACUUUAGUAGCGUUAGAACCCUUAAGUGAACCCUAGAAAUGCCCAGAAACGUCCGUUUCGCGUUAUAGCUGAUUCACGGCUGGCUACAGCCAUCGAAAAAAUGAUCCUGCCACGAUAAUGCACGAGAGAGCGCAGACAGGACACGCCCCCUUAGCGUCCCAAGCUCUCCGUGGAUCAGCUAUACUAAUGUCCGAGUUUGAAAAAUCCUAACCUAAAAUCUCCGCCGAGCAAACUUUCCUAAAAUUCCAAAGAAAAAAAAACUUGCAGCCCCGAUACCAGAUGGAAAAGAAAACGAACGGCCUGGGAAAUACAUGGGCGGCUUCAACCUGAACCGCCGGCCGGGCUACUUCCAAGGCACUUGGAUCAGCGAGCCGUUCAACGACCGGACCCAGAACUACAACAGUCACGUCAACCGACACGGAACCCAUCACAACCUCGACCGACCGUUGCCCCAGGCGCUCAACCCUCAAAUCCGGAACCCGCAAGCGACGCCACCGAUGCCGCCGCCGAACUGGCAUGGGAUGAAUCCACAGGCCGGCUCCCACGGCUGGAAUCAGAACAGCCAUUUCGGGAAUACGAAUCGCGGUCCUCCGACUCCGAAUAACCAAGCUAGACCCGCCCUGGGUCAGAUUAAUCAAGGUGGAGGCGGCUGGAAUCAGCCUUUCCGAGGGAAAUGA